UUACUGCAUCACAUGGGUAGUAUAUUUCCAGUUUUCCACACCAAAAAGAAAAGAGAAAGUUGAGAGGUGCAAAUUGCAAAAUCACAUCCCUUGUUCACACUUCUCUCUAAUAUUUUUGUGGGGAAGGAGGGAGAGAGUGUAAGAAAGAACAUGGAAGAGCAACAUGGGAUGCCAUCCUCCAUCAAUGAACAGUUGAUAGAGAAAAAUAAUGAUGUUCAUAACAAGGGAUGUUUAGACAGGAAAGAGAUUGUGGAGGAAGUGAAGAAGCAAGUAUGGCUAGCCGGACCACUUGUUGGUGUAACCCUUUUACAGUUUUGCUUGCAGCUAAUAUCUGUGAUGUUUGUUGGGCAUCUUGGAGAAUUGCCUCUUUCUGGUGCUUCCAUGGCCACCUCCUUUGCCUCUGUUACUGGUUUCAGCUUAUUGUUGGGGAUGUCUAGUGCACUAGACACCUUGUGUGGGCAGUCCUAUGGAGCAAAGCAGUACCAUAUGUUGGGCAUACAAAUGCAAAGAGCAAUGAUUGUUCUUUUACUUGUAAGCAUUCCCCUUUCAGUUAUCUGGCUCAACACUGCCCCAAUCUUGAAAGCAUUAGGCCAGGAAUCCCAGAUUGCAGACGAAGCCGGGCUUUAUGCUCGGUUCAUGACUCCCAGCCUUUUUGCCUAUGGCCUCCUCCAGUGUCUUGUUAGGUUCUUGCAGACACAAAACAACGUUUUUCCUAUGAUGCUAACCUCCGGGAUCACCACAGUGCUCCACAUUGUCACUUGUUGGCUUCUUGUUUUCAAGUCUGGCCUGGGAAGCAGAGGGGCUGCUCUCGCUACCUCUGUGUCGUAUUGGUUGAAUGUGUUGUUGCUUGCUCUUUAUGUCAAGUUCUCUGGUUCUUGUUCCAAGACUUGGACUGGGUUUUCGAGGGAGGCGCUUAAGAACAUGAUGACUUUCAUUUUGCUUGCAAUACCCUCUGCUGUCAUGGUCUGCUUGGAGAUGUGGUCAUUUGAAAUGAUGGUUCUGCUCUCUGGUCUUCUCCCAAAUCCAGAAUUACAGACUUCAGUGCUUUCAAUCUGCCUCAACACAGCAGCAACAGUUUGGACAAUCCCAUUCGGGCUCGGGGCUGCAGUAAGCACACGAGUGUCGAAUGAACUAGGAGCAGGGCACCCGAGGACAGCACAGUUGGCUAUCUGUGUUGUCUUGGCAAUCACGGCUGGUCUGGGCAUUCUGAUUGGGUCGGUGAUGAUACUGAUACGCGAUGUCUUGGGAUAUGCUUACAGCAACAACAUAGAAGUAGUUGAGUAUGUGUCGUCCAUGAUGCCUAUUCUGGCUUUAUCGAACUUCUUAGAUGGACUCCAGGCUGUGCUUUCAGGGACUGUAAGGGGGUGUGGGUUGCAAAAGAUUGGAGCAAUUAUCAACCUUGGAUCUUAUUAUAUUGUGGGGAUUCCUUCAGCUGUUUUGAUGGCUUUUAUUCUCCACAUUGAAGGAAGGGGCCUGUGGUUAGGGAUUAUAUGUGCAUUGAUAGUGCAAGUUGCUUCUCUUCUCACUAUCACCAUUCGGACAAACUGGGAACAAGAAGCAAAAAAGGCCAGCGAGAGAGUCUACCAUUCUGCAAUACCAAUUGAGAUAGUUUCCUGAUGCAGCCAUCAAAAUUACUAAAAAGUAAUUACUAAUUACAAUAUGGAGAGAAGAAUUUUGAAACAUUUUUUUCUUUUUCCUUUUGAAUUUGAAAUAAUGUAUGAUCUAUUCAAAUGUUAGCUUUUAGCAUUCAAUGGGGUAUCAGCAUGCUCACAUCAGAAGUUGCAGUUGAAGAGAUUUGUCCAUAUGAAAACCAGUACAUCUAUAUAGCUAUUCAUAUAUAAUAUAUUAUUAUUAUUAGCAUAA